GAAUCAGUAGAGUUCUUUCCGACUACACAAACUCACAUCCCAGACGGCUGCAUUCUUCACGAAGUUCACAAAUUCACGAACGCGAAUAAUCUUCAGGUGGCUUUGCUAUUCUAAUUAAGCGGCAUAAUUACACUGGAAAGUUCCAAGUUCGAAGUUCCAAGUCUCAAGAACGGUAAACAAACACGUAACGCCAGGCUCAGCUGUUUAUCCUAGCUGUUUCCAUGGUCGAUAUGGAGUGAUUGUACCAAGGUCGUAGACAUUCACGCAAUAUAUAUGCAAAAUUUUGCUAGAAACGUUGAUGUGUUGACGCAGGGAUUAAAGGCUGGCAUAUCAGGACUAAUGAACCUCGCAAAUCAAGGAGGUGAUCCUGCUAGUGGCGUUUUCUUUGUUAAUUUUAAUCAGGACUGUACUUCUCUGGCUGUGGGCACAAAAACUGGUUAUCGUCUGUUCUCACUGAGUUCUGUUGACAAUUUGGAGCAGAUAUAUGAAAAUGGUUCUGAAGAUAUCUGCAUUGUGGAAAGAUUGUUCAGUAGCAGUCUGGUGGCAGUGGUUAGUCUCACCUCUCCCAGGAAGCUGAAAGUGUGUCACUUCAAGAAGGGCACAGAGAUCUGUAAUUACAGCUAUUCUAACACCAUACUUGCUGUCAAACUAAAUAGGGCGAGGCUAGUGGUGUGCUUGGAAGAAUCUUUAUACAUCCAUAAUAUUCGAGAUAUGAAGGUUUUACAUACAAUACGUGACACACCACCAAAUCCAUCAGGACUUUGUACACUUUCUAUCAACAGUGACAACUGCUUUCUAGCUUAUCCUGGAUCCAACACUAUUGGAGAAGUUCAAAUCUUUGAUGCUAUCAAUCUUCAUGCGAAGACUAUGAUUCCUGCACAUGAUAGUCCACUGGCAGCUUUAGGAUUUAGCCCAUCUGGCACCAAAGUUGCAACAGCAUCAGAGAAGGGGACUGUGAUUCGAGUUUUCCUGGUCCAUGAUGGUAGUAAACUGUACGAGUUUCGUCGGGGGGUGAAACGUUGUGUGAGCAUUUCUAGUCUAGCAUUCAGCAUGGAUUCAACUUUCCUCUGUUGUUCAAGCAACACUGAGACUGUCCACGUAUUCAAACUGGAAGAACCAAAAGAAGUGCCAAGACAAGCUUCAGAGGAGAACCAAGGGUGGAUGGGUUACCUGACAAAAGCUGUCACUGCAUCAGCUAAUUAUCUCCCCUCCCAAGUGACUGAUGUUUUUAACCAGGGCCGGGCAUUUGCAUCUGUUCACCUUCCAUACCAAGGAUUGCGAAAUGUCUGUGCCAUUACCAUGAUUCAGAAAGUUUUGCGUCUCCUGGUGGCAUCAGCUGAUGGAACCUUGUAUGUGUACAACUUGGAUACUAAUGAAGGGGGAGACUGUACGCUCCUCAAACAGUAUAGGUUAGAUGGGAAGCCAGAACAAGUUGCAGAGCUUCCCCCUGUUUCAGCAGCUACAUUGACCAAUGAGCAUGUAGAAACAUCUGCAGCUCUUUCUUCUCACUCGUCACCAAAACCUGUUGUUAACUCAGCUGCCACAGCAGGCUCCAUAAAUAGCUACGCUGGAAUAUUGAAAGGCUGCUCUCCGGGCUCCAUGUCAGGUACUGUUGAAUCAGAGAAAUUCCAUGAGAUGGCAGCAGCAACAGAGUCCCCACCAAAGGGAGGAUUCCGUUUUGAUGAUGAAAGUGAAUUUCCACCUGUCACACAGAAAACAGAAUGAAACAGGACAUUAACAUAUGUGACUUGCAUAUCACAACCAGCGAAUGCAUUUUUGAUUUGUACAGUGCUUCUUCUGAAAGUAAGCAAAACAAUUAUCAUCCUUUCAACCUUACUUCUUAUGAAGCAAUCAUAUAUAUAUAUAUAUAUCAGAGCACUUGGAAACCUUUUUUCCCUCCAUUUUCAUUUUUUUUCACACAGGUGAAGACAUGUUUUAAAUGUUAAGUUCAGUUGUCAGUGUGUGAAGACCUAUUUUUAUUUGCAAUAGUGUAAAAGUUAAGACUUGGGCUGAUUCUGGAUAAAUAUAGAGACAUCAGCUUUCUGUUUAAGAAACAGUGCAAGUGAUUGUGUUUUGCUGUGUGUCUGUGAGCAAUUAAAGUACACAUUUGUGUCAUAAAGAUAAUUGUAACAUUUUGACUAGAAAAAUAUUGUCAGUGGUUAUUUAUAGUUUUAUGCUCUAACCAAAAUAAAUCCUGAUAUGUUGUUUCAUAUCGAAUAAAGUGGAAGUAUGUGCUAGUAUAUUGAACUGUUAAUAUACUCUUGAUUCACGAAUAUGGAUUUUCUAAAUGUGUUGCCUGUAAUGUAGCUAUGUGAUUGAUGUACUUUAUGCAAAGUUAUAUAUUCGUACAGCCUGUGUUGAUAUUAGAUUUAUCGUUUUCCCCCUUUAAAUCUCCAGCACUGUUCUGAAAUGGAGUUACCAACAUGAUAUCAUCAUCAUCAUCAGUAUUAAUAUAGCAAAAUGUUAAAAGCUAAGAAACAUGUGAAAUUUUGUCAGUUUUGCCACUCACAUAUUCACUAUAAAGGUUCUAUCAAAAUAUGAAUUAGAGACCUUCGCUUAAGGGAUACAAAUACCAAUUUCAGUCACAGAUCUGCUGUAAAGAUCUGUCGAUUCAUUUUUCAUGCUUUUAUGAGACAUUUGAGAUCUGAACUAUUUUUGGUUAUGUAAUUGUACAUAAUAAUAUAGAGAGUUUACUUAUAAUGAAAUAAAACAUUUACUUUUA